AUGGCCAAACAGUUUAGUCGAGUGGGCAAAGAAAUCGCCAUGGCGGUUAAAGACGGCGGACCCAAUCCAGAGGCCAAUCCCGCAUUAAGACGAGCCAUUCAAAAUGCCAAAGGGGUUAAUAUGCCCAAAGACAAUGUGGAGCGGGCCAUUAAAAAAGCCAGUGGAUCCGAUGCCGAACAAUACGAUGAAAUAACCUAUGAAGGCUAUGCCCCAGGAGGCGUGGCCAUAUUUAUAGAAUGCGCCACCAACAAUACCACCCGAACCGUGGCCAAUGUACGGGCUAUAUUCAAUAAAUUCGAAGGCAAUUUGGGGAAAAAUGGGGAGUUGGCCUUUAUUUUUGACCGCAAAGGAUUGUUUACCCUAGACCAUAGUGCCAUUGCAUUAUCUUGGGAUGAUUUUGAAUUGGAAAUGAUCGAUGGUGGGGCAGAAGACAUUGAAAAAGACGAUGACGAUAUUUUUAUCACCACCGCCUUU